UUAAACUGAGGGACCGGAAGUAGUUACACUAAAAUUGGUCCUCGGUCUGACUAGCAACAUGACAGUUAUGUAGCUGUCCGUGUAGGAAGGUUGUACAAUAUUUCUAGUUUCUGGUUGUGUAAGUUGCCAUUCGGAAUGUCGUCACUUAAAACGCUGCUGGUUUCUCACCACAGGAUGUUUACGAUUUUAACAGCGGAAAGAAACGUUGUUUGCAUCAAGAGGGCUUUUUACCUGUUCAGAUCCCCUCUCGUCAAGCGAGGAAAUGCCAGGUCCAUUGGAUGGCGACAAUGCAGCUCCACAGCAGCCAAAACUGCAAAUGCAGAAGACUCCUUCUUUAAAUGGUUCUUGCUGCUCAUCCCGGUCAGCACAUUUGGUCUCGGCACCUGGCAGGUGAAGCGUCGCAAGUGGAAACUGCAGCUGAUUGAUGACCUGAACAAGCUCACCUCAGCAGAGCCCAUUCCGCUUCCUGUCGACCCACACGAGCUGGGCCAGAUGGAGUACAGGCGGGUGAGAGUGCACGGGCGCUACGACCACGCCAAGGAGCUCUACAUCCUGCCGCGCUCGCCCGUCGACCCAGAGAAGGAGGCCAGGGAGGCGGGCAGGCUGACGUCCAGCGGGGAGACGGGCGCCAAUGUGGUCACGCCGUUUCACUGCACGGACCUUGGCAUCAGCAUCCUGGUGAACAGAGGCUACGUUCCCAAGCAGAAGGUCCGACCAGAGACCAGGAUGAAGGGUCAGGUGGAGGGCGAGGUGGAGCUGGUGGGUGUGGUCAGGCUGACCGAGCAGCGUAGACCUUUUAUGCCCAACAACGAUGCGGACAGGAACCGCUGGCACUACCGCGACCUGGACGCCAUGUCUGCCAUAACCGGAGCGGAACCCAUCCUCAUUGAUGCAGACUUUGCAAGCACCAUCCCUGGUGGACCAAUAGGCGGACAGACGAGGGUGACGUUGAGGAAUGAACACAUGCAGUAUGUCAUCACAUGGUACGGCCUGUGUGCGGCCACAUCCUAUAUGUGGUACAUGAAGUUCAUCAAGAAGAUUAAAAUUGGAGCUCGAGAUCCUGUUUACUGUGGACUAGCUGUGUGUGACGCCAUGUUGUUUUUGUUUCCAUUACAAAAAAAAGCUCCACCGUCUCGCCGAGUGCCAGCAAGAGUCAUGAGUACUUGUCAACUCGACUCCUCAACUGGAGAUAACUUUCUAGCACCUCACCAUGGGGAAGGAUGUAUUCAUAUGCCUUCACCAGCACAUGCAUUUAACAUGCAGAGAGUUACACAAGUUCUUACCACCUUGGGGCACCAUUCAGGGUGCCUUUUCAUCUGAUUAAAUUUAUAAUGAACAGGGACAUUGCGGUUGUCCCAAGUGGAUGGU